AUGGUCGUCGGUGCCGAGGAAGCAUGCCUGCUGACAGCAGCAGAAGCUCGUGAGUGGCGAUACAGGGGGGAGGGCUCCAUGAACUUAGUGAUGGCCUACAUUGGCGACAAGGAGGGUCUUCAAGGAAAGGUCUUACGACUCCGCAAAGCUCCAAUAGACAGCGACGAGAGCUUCAAGUGCGCAUCAAUAGAGGAAAGCUACGCAUUUCUACAGCGGCAACAGUUCUCCAAGCUUGAUGGCUCCUGCCUUCCACGAGGACUCCUCGUCUUAGUGUCUCGAGACUUUCUCGCCAGCGUCAAGUCCUCCUGUCACGGUCUGCGACCUGCGCACCGGCUGACCAGAGACUUGGACUUGACCGCGAGGUCUGGAUGGCUGCUGCCGGAUCUAGUAUCCGUGCCUAAGGAGCUCUUGGUGGGAAGCAAGGUCUUUCUCGGCAUUGAGAUCAAACCAAAGUGCGGGACCCUGCCCGAUCGCAAGCUGUUGAGUUCAGCUACAGCCAUCAAGGCACAAGUCAGCAGAUACCGCAUGAUGCAAUACGAGAAGCUGAGGACCGGGAAGAUAACAUCUAUCAGCUCCUACGACCCCCUCGACCUCUUCUCAGGAGAUUUGCUGCGAAUGCAGACAGCGGUGCGCAACAUGAUGCAGGACCCGCAAAACGUGUUCAGAGUUUGGGUCUGUAGCGGCCCCAGCAGCGCGAUCAGACAUCUUGGGAGCGAAGAAGAGCUCCGCGAAGUGCUGGGCAGCCCUGGCCUCUCUCGCAGUUGGGAGUCCGAAGAGGACUUUUGCAGGCUGUUCGCCAAAGUCGUUCAGCACUCGAAAGUGCUUGUUCGAAUCAGGGAGCUACAAGCUCUGGACGCCCUUGACAUCGAAAACAUCUAUCACAUGCACAGAUGCCUGGCCAACCCUGACGAGUAUUCAGAGGCUGAUGCACGGUCGUCGGCACCUGCUAAGCUCCCUCCUGUUGGAGACUGGGACAGGCUCAUCGAAGAGUACUUGAUUGCACAUAGCGCUAAGGAUUGUUCGGUCAUCUUCACGCUGACCAUGAUUGACAAGCAAGAACACGAUUCAUCCUCAAUCAUGUCAUCAGCCAAAAGUCAUGGAUUCGAGCUUGUUGAUGAAAGUGAAAGCUGCGCUGUGUUGUACAGGUUUGGCGUGGCCCAGAUUGACCUUGAUAUCAAGCUUCGCACCAAAAUCCCCGAAUACAUGUCACAAGAUUCACGGAUCCUGGAGGGGUACCUGGAGCACAACGCAGAUAAAUGUUGA